UGCUUGGUCCGACUGCAUCAUUCUACAUACAUAUUUUUAAAGUUUGGAUAGCGAAAAUGUUUACUCUUAGCGUAAACUUAUCCUAGCUUAGAAACUUAUGACGUAUUUGAGUUUUUUACUUAAUUUUCGACGAGUUUUCUAAAAACAUAAAUUUAAAAUUGAGAUUAAAGAAAAGUAAGUAUACUCCAAUCGGAUAAACAAGGAAUGGUUUUAUUCAAUUUUAUGAACAUAACCUCAAAUAAUCUGAUGUAAAGUAUUCUAACCUAAUGUUGGGUACACCGUCUUAAUUCACUUUCCCUACAUCCCCAAAAUGAAAAAAAAAAAAAAAAUCAAAACCACUUCUGAUCGUGAACUAAUCAAUCAUGAAUUCAUAAAGCGAUGAAAAUCUCGGAUGAAAAGCUGAAGUCAAUUGAAAUAACCCGAUUGCAAAGAAAAAUGAGAUUUCAUCAAUUUUCAUCAAUCUUAACGACAUUUAUUAUAAUAUUAGGAAAUCUUGUGACAUCAUUAAAUAGUAAUAUGCGUUUGAUAUAGUUUAUUCGAACGUUCAUGUUUUACUUGCUUUCCAUGCUUACUCUUAAAAUAAUUAAACAAUGGAUUCCCAAGUCAUCGUUGUUGGAGGAGGGUUAAGCGGAUUAAGUGCUGCUAAAUGGUUAAAGGAAUCAGGAGUCAAUGUUAUUCUCCUGGAAGCGAGAGAUCGAGUUGGAGGCCGAACAUUAACAAAAUUUGAUCCAAAAGUUGAUUAUGUGGAUAUGGGAGGAGCAUAUGUUGGACCUACUCAAAAUCGAUUACUAAGAAUGGCGAAAGAAUUCGGGAUAGAAAACUAUAAAGUCAAUGAAAAAGAAGAUUUACUGCAUUACAGCAAUGGUAAACGAACUCUUUUUAAACCAUGCAGUUUUCCAAUACUGAGAAACCCUUUUGUUAACAUGGAUAUCAAUAAUAUAUUUUAUUUAACAGACAAAAUGGGUGAAGAAAUUCCUGCUGAAGUACCAUGGAAUGCUCCCCAUGCAGAGGAAUGGGAUACAAAAACAUACAAAGCCUGGCUCCAGGAAACUUGUUGGACUAAGGGAUCUUUAGAAUUCUUCAAUCACAUCAUGAAUGAAUUGAUUACUUCUGAGCACUACGAAGCUUCUCUAUUAGGCUUCCUUUGGUAUAUAAAACAAUGUGGAGGAAGCAAGAGAAUCCUUUCUACUACAAAUGGUGGACAGGAAAGAAAAUUUAAGGGAGGCUCGCAACAGAUUAGUAAAAAAAUAGCUGAAAAGUUAGGAGAUGCUGUUAUUGAAGAAAGUCCGGUUGUUGGAAUUGAUCAAAGUUCAAAAGACGUUGUGACUGUAAAAACACUGAAUGGUAAAGAAUACAAGACCAAGUAUGUGAUUCUUGCAUUACCACCUGUACUGCAAAUGAAAAUUCACUACACACCAGAGUUGCCAUCUUUGCGAAACCAGUUGAUCCAAAGAGCUCCAAUGGGAUCAGUCAUGAAAGUCGUCGUCUAUUAUUCCAAACCUUUCUGGCGCAGUGAAGGGCUUUGUGGAUCAUUUUCGAUUGACGGUGGCCUAGAUUUUCCAGUAAAUUUUACGCUUGAUGAUACAAAACCAGAUGACACUUUUCCAGCUAUUAUUGGGUUUAUUUGUUCAGAUAAGCUUCGUCGUUUGUGUCAACUAAGUGUGGAAGAAAGAAAAAUUAUGGUAGCUAAGAGCUUCGCUGAAGUAACAGGUCUUCAAGAGUUUCUUGAACCAAUUCACUAUGAAGAGAAGAACUGGAUGGAAGAACAAUAUUCUGGAGGAUGUUAUACAGCUAUGUACCCACCGGGGUUUUUCACACGUUAUGGAAGAGUGAUACGUGAACCAAUAGACAGGAUGUAUUUUGCUGGUACAGAAACUGCAAUAGAAUGGUCUGGUUACAUGGAAGGUGCCAUUGAAGCUGGGGAGAGAUCUGCCCGAGAAAUACUUUAUGCGAUGGGAAAGAUAACGCAAGAUAAGGUAUUUCAAAGAGAACCUGAAUCAUCAGAUAUAAUAGCAAAACCUUUCGAAGUCAGUUUUGCAGAGAGAUACACACCAUCUGUGCCAACUUUUUUGAAGUUGAUGGCAUUAUUCACUGCUGGAAUAGGAGUAUUCGCUGCAAUGAAUUACCCAGCAAUUGCAAAUUGUGAUAUUACGUCUUAUUUUAAAGUAGAAUAAGUUGCAUUUUCAUUGUAUGCAAAGCUUAAAUACAUGUUGUUUAUUCUAUAUUAUGAUUAAAUAUAUUAUUGUCCGUA